UUUUGCUCCUUUCCGGGUAGUCUUGCUUUCAAUGACACCUCUGUCUGUUAAAACUAAUAUAUAUAUAUGAUUGUAAAGCUACAGCUGCAGCUUUAGGUAGUUUAAUAGGCUUAGUAUCGCAGCAGAGUGUGUGUGUGUGUGUGUGUGUGUGACUAUGGCGGCAGUUGACAGCUUUAAUUUACUGUACAGGGAAAUGUCUCGGUCGUGCUCGUCUUAUUUUGAGACUCUGGCCCUGAUCGGUGCUGUGUACACGGCCACUAAAGCUGUGGUGCUGCUGAGAGACUGCUGCAACCUGGUCAGGGUCCACUUUCUGCCCAGAAUCAUCCCAAACAGGAAGCUGAAGCAGAGAUACGGAGACUGGGCUGUCAUUUAUGGAGCCUCAGAGUCUGUGGCCCUGGCGUACGCAGAGGAGCUGGCCAAGCACAGCAUCAGCAUCGUCUUCAUCACUCACGACCGCUCGUCUGUCAGCGACACCGCCGCCUGGCUCUCCCAGAGCUACGGCGUGGAGACCGUCAUCGUCCUCGCCGACUUCUCCGCGGACCAGGCUGCGACUAAGCCCGUGAAGGACGCCCUGAGGGGGAAGGACGUCGGUUUCCUGGUGAACUGCGUGGACGAGUCUCUGACGUCGCCUCAGAGUCUGAUCGAGACGCCCGAGCAGGGCCUGCUGGACUCGGUGAACAAGAACGUCGCGGGGGCUACUCUGAUGGUGCGCUUGGUGCUGCCGGGGAUGGUGGAGCGCAGCAGAGGCGCCGUGGUCAACAUAUCGUCGGGUGCCUGCUGCAGGCCUCUGCCUGGACGGGCGACACUCGCCGCUUACACCGGUUACCUGGAUAACUUCUCAAGAGCUCUUCACGUUGAGUACAGCAGCAGAGGCAUCUUCAUUCAAAGUCUGGUUCCUUUCCAGAUUGCCUCGUCGAGGCGACAGCCGUCUUCGUCGUCCUCGCCCUCGGGAGAAGGUUGGUUCGUGCCAAAACCGGACGUUUACGCGAGUCACGCCGUCUCCACGCUGGGCGUCUCUAACAGAACCACCGGCUACUGGCCUCAGACGCUGCAGUGUGGACUGAUGAGGUGCGUUCCUGAGUGGAUGUGGGUCCUCGGAUGUCGCGCGCUCGUCACUUCCCGUUAGGAGCUCUCACUGCGCUCUACUCAAAGACUUAAAACCGGGUCACUGGAUCUUUUUCUGUUACUGAAGUCACGUGUCAUGUUUUACCGUAGAUUACGCUUGGAUUAGUGAAGACUAGCUCUGUUCAGGGUCUUUGUGACAAUGUUUAUUUAAACUGUGUUGUGGUUUUUGGAAAUAUUGAGGAGAAUAUACACGUAUAUGUCCUUUAAUUUUGGACCGUGGUGUGAGAAAAUGUCUACAUUUACCAAAUAAACAGACACUAAUCAAUAACCAGGAAAAUACUUGGCACCAUUUCGAGCUCAUUUACGUAGGGUCAAGACGCCAAGAGACGCCAAGAUUUCAGCUUCGAUGUGUUUCGUAAAAAAUUGGCGACAAACGCGCUCAGUUGAAUAUUGUCUUUCAUUGUCUGCUGCUGGUACUUUUUGUUUUGAAGCUGGUUUAAUUGUCUCUGCUUUAAUCUGGGAUUUACGUAACUGUACAGCGUUAUCUUCUUAACUACCGCUGUCUGAUAACGUUGCAGGCGACAACACUGUUGUGUUGUUUUUUUUGCGAGUGUCUACUCCCUCUAACUUUAAGUAUCGAUUGCUGUCCCACUAUCACCCUUUUCCUCCCUGCUCAUAACAUUCUUCAUAACAUAAUCUGACAUGGAUAAGAGUUAAUUAUUGUCAAAUAUCUAACAAAAACAUGCACAUUAAAGCGCUCCUACACUGUAAAGUAUUGUUUUUUACAGAAGAUCUCACCUCAAAUGGGACAAAAAAGACAAAUUAUUACAAUUAGAGAUGCAUGAUAUUGGACUUUUUGCCUAUAUAUUGGCCAAUAACUGAAACCGAUGUAAGAUAAUAGUCAAGGAGGUACAGUAGCAGCUUAAUGGGAGCUAUUUGGAGAGUUUGCUGUUAUUUGAUAGAACAUGUUAAAGCCAGUAUCGCCUGAUAAAUGAUAACGUGCUGAUAAUAUUGUGCAGCCCUAGUGAAAAUUAGAUAUUUAGGCAUUAAAUUCAAACUUAAAUGAUCUUAAAUGCAUUUAAAUCAGCUCUGACUUUCACUCGGAUGCAUCUGGUGUCAUUUAUUGGGAAUGUGUGUCAUUUAAAUGCUCAAAUAUUCUCAAUUGAAUCCUAUUUUUGUGCCAAAAAAAAAAACAUACUCGAGACAAUUUGUCUUAAAAAAGGCAAAUUUUCAACAUAAAACUUGACCAAAAUAAACGACAAAACAUACAAUAUUCUUGUAAUGUAAAUGCGUAUUCAGCUUUAUUUGCUUCCCUGGUGUGAAGAAGACUUUGGUGUUAUAAAAAUCAGCGUGUGCUCGUAGGAUAUUAUCGCAUUCUUUGAAUCCAAAUAAAAAAAAAAAACAUAGUGGUUUUGAAUGAGUGACAGUUUUUGUGUAAAUACGGUGUCUUUGCUCAGGGUUCGAGGAAACGAAUCAUCUCCAGGAGAGAGUUUAAAAUGCAAUAAAAGGGUGAAUAAAAUUGUGUAUAUGCUGCUGCAGUGUUUGUAUGAAAACGGGAGGAGAGUCGGGUUUUUUGUGUUGCGCUUACAGUCGUGAAUGAUCCACUAAAAAUAUACAUUAUCAUUUUCUUUGA